CCUCCAAAUCGUCCCCAGCACAGGAAAGUCCUCCAUGUCCAAUCAGAGCUGGAGGGCGGUGAUAGAGGAGCUCAGAGCUGAGUAAAGACCUGCAGCUCCGCGGAUACAAAGCCAGCUCGCUGCUCACUGUGUGUGUUUCUGUGUGGAAGAGAGAUGGAGACGACCCGGGACAAAGUGCAGAGGAAACCUGUCCGCGUCAUAGCUGCAGUCUGCAACGACAUGGGCAUCGGGAAAGACGGGAAACUGCCGUGGACUUUACCGUCAGAGUUCCAGUACUUCCUGAACACAGUCACACGGGUCUCCAAACCAGAAAAGAUGAAUCUGAUGGUGUGGGGCAAACUGUGCUGGUACUCCAACCCAGAAACUCUGUUCCCAGUGGCCAAUAACCUGCACGUGGUGCUGAGUACGACACUAAACAAGGUUCCAGACCAGGCCCACUUCCUGUGUCAGGACUUUGAGAGUGCCAUCCUCCUCACCACCCGGCCCCACCUCACUGACCUCAUAGAGACCAUCUGGGUUGUUGGGGGGACGCAGGUCUACAAGGAGGCGUUGAAUCACCCGUGGUGUGACCUGCUGUACCUGACGGACAUCAUGGCCGACUUCGACUGUGACGUUUUCUUCCCUGCGUUCGACAGAGGACUCUUUAAAGAGCAGGAAGGAUUUCCAGGAGUACCAAGUAAAAUCCAGGAGGAGAAGGGGGUCAAGUACAAAUUCCGAGUUUUUAAGAAAGAGAGCGCUGACGUGGUGUGAUGGAGAUUCUCACUCUUUAACAAAGACUGUAAAUAUAAACAUGAACUCUGAACACUGUGAGCAUGGACACUUUAACAGCUCUCUGCUUGGUUUUGGUGCCUUUUAUUCCUGGAUUCAUUUCUGCAUCCCCGCAGUUUCCGAGACUUAGUAAAAAACAAAUGAUCCUCCACUCUCUGCUCUCAGCGUGUCAGUUUCAGCCUUCCCCCUCCUCCUUCUCCUCCCCCUCGUCCUCCUUGACCUCGUCCUCCACUCUCGACGUGUCAGUGUCAGCCUACGCCUUCCUCAUCAUCCUCUUCUGACUCUUCCUCCUCAACCUCCUCGUCCUCUCAGUGUGUCAGUGUCAGCCUUCGUCCUCCACCUUCUCCUCAUCCUCCACCUCCUCCUCGUUGUCCUCCUCCUCAGAGACGCGGUGCAGGUGCUCAGAGAAAACGUCAGAGAAAGAUUCAGAGAUCGACGUAGAUCACAGACGGAUUGUUUGCAGAUCUGAUGAUCUGAGCCUAAGACUCCGAUUAUGGACCAAAUGUUUUAAAUCUUAUGGUAAAAAUAAAAAUAAAUAUGUUUGUCUUUUU